CUGCCCGACCUGCCCCUGCUGCGGGUGCUCUCCUACCUGCCCGACGAGGCCCUGUUCGCGGUGGGCCGCACCUGCCUGCGCCUGGCCGCGCUCACCAGGACUCAGCCGUGGCGGGACCAGGAACAGCUCACGCUCAACACGGAGGAAGUGUGGGACCUGCUGAGGGUGGCCCCUCCUCCAGAGGUGGUGUGGAUUGACGAGGUUGAUAAGACCUCGAAGAAAACACAGUUUCUCUUUGGGGUUGCCGGCGCCAUCGUUAUUGGCUGUCUCGACAGUGACAGCCGCAUUCACACCUUUUGCCCACCUCGAGUGCUGAUCAUGGAAUUGAUUAGCGUUACCUCCGAAGAUGCCUUAAUCCGGGAGGUAGCCAAGACGACGAAAAGUGUUGAAUUCUUUAUUGGAGGUCUGGACGUUAUUUUCCGUUCACUGAAAGAUGCGAGCUGGGGCCAGCUGGAGCAUCUUACCUUGAGUGGGGUAAACCUGCACGAACAGCUGACUCUGCUGUGGCCGCAGGACUUGGUGCUGCCGAGGCUGCGCACCGUGACUCUACUACCAGGCGACGGCCCAGACCCAGACUUGCCCUAUUCUGAGGGUCGCCUUGAAAGCCUCCGCUCCCUACUGCGAGCACACAGUGAACAGCUGGAGUGUGUGAGGAUAAAGUCGUAUGUAGAGCUUCUCGCACAUCUGGCGGACGCAUUGCCCAGCGGCCUCCGUAGGCUGGAGUUCGAAGAGUUUACAGUACCGAGCGAUGCCGCGGCACUUCGACGGACCCACGGUUUGAAGGAGCUUAAGAUCGACAUUUGGUUGGAAGAUGAACUUUACGAACAGGCCUGUAUUGAGCUGGAACACUUCUUUCGUGCCCCGGGCCAGCUGGAACGCCUCGAGCUGCUUCGCUAUCAUCUGCCGUCAAUUAACCUGGGGGCGGGCGGGCUGAAAAGCCUCCAGUGUCUCGUUCUGGGGGGCUGCUACUACGACUCACUGCUCGAGGAGCUGGCGGGCCUUCCCCGCCUGCGCUCGCUCAUUAUAUUCUGCCCGCAUCCCCGGCCUUUACCCGAAGUGUUCCGAGAGAUCACACCCGCCGUCAUCCCCGCCCUCGAGGUGGUCGUCGUCUCUGACAACGAGGAACCCUGCAACAGAUCUCCCUGUGUGUGCCCCGACUUUUAUAGUAACGGAACAGCAUGCACGCGAGUCCCUCGGCUGAUCUCGGAGCUGCAGGGCCUGGUGCGACGUGCCCCCGCCCGGCUACACGCCAUUUAUAAGUACGAAACGAUGUUCUUCAGGCACCCCGUGUCAGAGACGGCGGGCUGCCCGCUGUGCCGCGAGGCCUCGGUCGAGGCAGUUGCUGCCUUGCACGAUCAUUACAUGGGACGUACGCACAUUAAACUGGACGGUUCAGUUCAAUGUGUAAAGGUGUAACAAAGCAAUGUAUAACACCAACUCCAACCAAGCAAAUGUACUGUUCCCUGUCUUCGCUACCAGUGGAACCGAUUCUGGUCACUCCAACGGCAUUCUUUUUGCAAUGCCGAAUAUGUAAAGCCCCUUUUUAUUAUUUUUUGUCGGGGAACUGUGCCUGUCCCACGUCCCACCCCGUUCCAGCGACGUAUCUGUUGGCCCUCCCUCAAUGUCCCUUAGACACUCCGCUGUUAUCCGUGUUCUUA